AUGACUACUAACACAAAAUCUGCGUUUGGCAGAAACAACAUCUUUGCGCCUGAAUCACCCUCGAUAUGGCAGCACUUGCAGCGAAACCCGCUACUCAUAAUCGCACAAUGGCUAUACGCCCAUCGGCCGCCCAUAGUCAUACCACGACCCACAUUCGGUACACCAGUAAAGGUUGUGUGCAUUUCAGACACCCAUAACGAGAAACUACAUGUCCCUAAUGGCGACAUUCUCAUUCACUCUGGGGACAUGACCAUCAACGGUACAUUCGAAGAAAUCCAACUACAACUCGGUUGGUUAAACAGUCUGCCACAUCAUCACAAGAUUGUAAUAGCUGGAAAUCACGACUUGCUUCUCGAUCAAUCCUUUUUCCAUCGCAACCCACGACUUGCAAGCCCAGACAAUGAACGUAAAAUGAAAGAGCUGAAAUGGGGAAGUGUGAUGUACCUGAACAACGAAUCAAGGACAUUCGACAUCCGGGACCGUACCGUUCGGGUCUACGGCAGUCCCAUGACACCACAAUAUGGCAACUGGGCGUUUCAAUAUCCAGAGAACGAAGACAAAUGGUGCAAUACUAUCUCAGAAUCAACAGACAUACUCGUAACGCAUGGCCCGGCCAAAGGACAUCUCGAUUCUUCGGCUUCAAAUCCUACGUAUUUGCAGGGCUGUGCUCAUCUCCAACGGGAACUAUGGCGUGCCAAACCACGACUACACGUUUGUGGGCACAUUCACUCAGCGAGAGGAGUUGAGCGAAGGAGCUGGGAAUGGUUGGAGUGGAGUUAUGACACUGUGUGUCGUGGCGAAGGACGCGUUAGCACUAUGCUGAUAAUUCUUGCUAGUUGGGUCGGAGCUUGGGUACUGUAUGCGUUGGGAAGAGAGAACAGAGGGGUUAUGACGAGUGUCAACGCAGCGGUCGUCGGGGACUGGGGUUUAGCUGAAGGCAAAAAAACUCUUAUCGUAGAUCUUGUCUAG